AUGGAUGAUGAAGAUGUUGUUGAUAUAGCCAUGGAGAUGGACUUUCCUCGUAUCGUAAUAGGUCCUCACAUUAAGGAUGAGAAGUUAGGACCUCCAAGGAAAUCAAGAACUAGUUGUCUGAUAAUGGAUUCAUAUACGCUCAAGUCUGUGUCAGAUUUGCCAGAUGCAAACAUGGUUAUCUCAGCACCAACCGGAAGUGGUAAAACAGUGCUCUUUGAACUGUGCAUACUGAGGCUUCUCUCGAAGUUCAUCUCUGAAGGGAGGUUUGUGCAUCUCAAAGGAAUGCUAAAAACAAUCUACAUAGCCCCAUCUAAGGCUUUAGUUCAAGAAAAACUCCGUGAUUGGACUCAGAAGUUUGGAUCGUUGGGGAUAAAUUGCCUGGAGCUGACUGGUGACAAUGAAUUCUACAACACAAGGACUAUACUAGAGGCAGACAUUAUUCUAACUACUCCUGAGAAAUUUGAUGCUGUUACUCGGUAUCGCAUAAAGGAUGGUGGCUUGAGCUUUUUCAGUGACAUUGGCCUUCUUCUUAUUGAUGAAGUUCACCUACUGAAUGAUCCACGUGGAGCUGCUUUGGAGGCAAUAGUUAGUAGAAUAAAGAUGCUUGCUCACAACCUGGAAAUGAAAUCAAGUCCUCUAUCUUGUGUCCGUUUUCUAGCAGUUUCAGCAACAAUUCCAAAUAUUGAGGAUCUUGCUGAGUGGCUUAAUGUUCCAGUCCAGGGUAUUAAAAGGUUUGGAGAAGAAAUGAGGCCUGUAAAGUUGACAACCAAAGUUUUUGGCUAUGCUCCAGCAAAGAAUGAUUUUCUAUUUGAAAAGCGCCUUCAAAACUAUAUUUUUGAUAUUCUGAUGCAAUAUUCAAGAGGGAAAUCUGCUCUGGUUUUUUGCUCGACAAGAAAAGGGGCACAGGAAGCAGCACAGAAACUAUCUCAGACAGCAAUGACCUUUGGUUAUUCAAAUCCAUUCAUCAAAGACAAAGAACAGCAGGAAAGGCUAAGGGAAGCUUCACUGUCAUGCAGUGACAAACAAUUGCAAUCUUAUAUCCUUUAUGGAGUUGGUUAUCACAAUGGUGGGCUUUGCCUGAAAGAUCGGAGCCUUAUUGAGGGUCUGUUUCUUAAGGGUGAUAUUAAAAUUCUGUGCACCACUAAUACCCUCGCUCAUGGAAUCAACUUACCAGCACAUACUGUAGUCAUAAAAUCAACACAACACUUGUACGUCAAGAAGCUUUCCUAG